AAUCGACUGCUGCAAGCUUUGAAAAGCGGCAAGACAGCAUUCGGUGGAUGGCAGGUCAGCACACUUCCAUUAUGGCACUUGUAGAGCCAACUUUACUAAGUCUAUGCUCCCUCAGAUGCUUCCCGGUUCGAAUCUUGCUCGCACUAUUGCACGCACCCCUAACAUAGACUGGGUGUGCGUUGACACCGAGCAUGGCAACCUGGACGAUGCUGCCAUGCACGAGUCUGUUGCCGCCAUUGCUGCUUGUGGUGUCAGUCCAGUCGUCCGAGUUCCAGAGGGACAGCAUUGGAUGAUCAAGCGCGCCCUCGACGCUGGCGCACACGCAAUCAUGGUGCCUCUGGUGCGAACCGUGGAAGACGCCAAGAACAUUGCGAGUUACUCGAAGUUUCCGCCGCGUGGCACGAGAGGACUAGGCAGUCCGUUCAGCAUGGAGAAGUUCGAUCAAGGGCUCAGUCAAAUGCAGUACUUUCAGCAGGCCAACGACGCCACGUUAGUCAUCUUGCAGAUCGAGACACAGUCGGCGCUCAGCGUAGUCCAUGAGAUUGCCGCUGUGCCCGGCAUAGACGUCCUGCUCGUCGGACCGUACGACCUAGGCAACAGCAUCGGCCAUCCCGUCCUCGGCUCAGACUACGAUCCCGAGCUGAAAGAAGCUAUCACCAAGAUCCGGGAAGCUGCGAAAGCAGCCGGAAAGUGGAGCGCUAUUUACUGCGGCUCAGGCGAGCAAGCACGGACUUAUGCAGAUCAGGGUUUCAAUAUGUGCAGUUGUAUGACCGAUGCCACAGGGAUGAAGAAGUUGUUCGCUGAUGCAGUGGAUGCGGCUAGAGGGAGCUAUCUGCACGCCGGCGUGCAAGGCGUCGUGAAAGGCGUGGAGAAGAUGACGAGCAGCGACUGAGUGGAAGGCGGUCCGAGCAAUUCAGUACGUCGAGCAGUCGGCCGUACAUUGUUUAUUUCAGGCUAUGUGAGGCGAAGACACAGAGUACAAGCUCCGCGCUGCGGUAGAUGAGGGUGAACCUGCAAGCUGGGCAGACUGAUCCUGAUAGCGGAGCACCGGGUGCAUCCUAUGGGUUCCGAAUAUGAACCAAGGGAAUCCUUUCACGAACGUUGACUCUGGCAUUG